AUGACCUCAACCGCCGGGGCCACCGGGGCCACCGGGGCCACUGGGGCUGGCCCGGUUACGGGUUACAUGAUGGAAAUGCCGAUCCCCCUGUUCGCCUAUUUGCCUAAGCUUCUCGAGGGUCUCGGUGUCUUGGGUCUCAAUAGGUUUUUCUCUGUUUUCUAUCUUUCCCAUAUAGCCAAUAUGGCGCAUCAGGUGAAUACAUAUUGGAAAAAUGUCCUCACUAUCGUGCCAAUUGUUGGGGCUGGUUUGGCUACUAUUACCUACCUUUUACGUCUCUACUGCAGGCGGAUGAAAGCGGUGGGGCUUCUACUGGAGGAUUAUCUAAUGGGAGCUGGUCUGAUCAUCUCCUUUGCUGUUACAGCUUUUGUAGUAGAUACCGCCUUCAAUGGCGUCGGUCUGCCGAUCGCAUCACUCCCCAAACAUGAACGGAUGCGUAUCCAAUUCGGAUCAUGGAUGAUACAAAAGUUUUGGGCCCCGUCAAUGGCCUUUGUCAAGAUCUCCAUUGUCGUCUUUAUCAAACGACUAUUUGGCUCGAUCCGUGCAUACGUCGUUGUUUGCAACUGUCUGGUCGGAUUUAUCGCUACAUGGGCUAUCGCUGCCCUGUUGACCAAUAUCUUCCAAUGUACACCAGUGCAAUACUACUACGAUAAAGACUUGAAAGGACACUGCAUGUCGGGACAAGUUCAAUUCUUCCAGGUUAUGGGCUCGAUCGCAUUGAUUGAAGAUGUUAUCAUUCUCUGUCUGCCAAUUCCUGUAUUUUGGAAGUUACAGAUCAACAGUCGGCAGAAAAUAGGAUUAACCCUGGUGUUCUCUCUGGGCGGACUUGUCUGUAUCUUCAGUCUGAUGCGCCUGAUUGAAUUCCGCAAUUUCCAGGUCACCGACCUUGCCGCUUCAAGCGCCAAAGAGUCCAUCUGGACUAGUCUCGAACUUGACGUGGCCAUCAUUUGUGGCUGCCUCCCAUUUCUUAACCCACUCGUGCAAGGCGUCCGCAGCAAAGUCAGAAGUGACGCCUCGAAAUAUCAUUCCCACCCUUCCACCGGAUCCAACCUCUAUUUGCACACGAUGCGGGGAAACAAAGGCGAUUUUCGAGAGCUUAAUAGUGACUGUGGAACGUCAGCGAAUUCAAUUAGCCGCAAUGCUAUGGCUACGGCAAGUCAACAGAGCUCCGAUAUGGAGACUAAUAGGCAUGAUGUAGACGGGCAGUCCAAGAAUAUCAUAGCUUCAUAA